AUGGAAGCUUCUACCUUGGUUAACACAGCCGCAAGCUCUGUGCUUGACUUGACCUCGGGUCUGCAAAAAGUCAUCGAGCUGACCUUGUACAGCCACCCAAUCUUCCAGUACUAUGAGAACGUGAAUCUCAACCACAGUAUCGCCAACAAGAAAAAUGCCCUCAUCGAGGAGAACAUCUGGCCACAUUUGACAGGUCACACAUUAGUGGGGCCAGACAAAAUCAACCUCAGAUCUCGCGGGCUUUACGUAAUCGACGAGAAGUUCUUAACGGAAUUUGAAGACAUCGAUGAGCUUGAACCAGAUCAGCAUAAUCACAGCUACACGUUUUUCCACUUGGGAAGCAAGUUGUCUGGACACACUCUGAUCAUUCACGGUGGGUUGUUGGCCACCAUUCUUGAUGAGUUGACGUGUAGACUUGCAUUUCAGAGCUUUGAGUCUAAGAAAGGUGUGACUGCCAACUUACAGCUCAACUACUUCAAGCCUUGCUUCGUGGACUCGUACGUGAUGCUCAAGUGUACUUUAUUAGACAAAAAGGGCAGAAAAUGUCGCGUUAAAGGUCAGGUGUUCCUGGUGGACUUGAAAGCAGACUUGGAAGGCAAGCCUGUUCCAGAAUUUGUGGAGGACAAGGCCAACUUGUUGACUGAGUGCAUUUGUUUAGUGAUUGAACCUAAGUGGGUCAACGAGUUGAACAAUACCCGGCACUAG